AUCAUGUUUUCCUUUGUUAAUUCCGCAUAGGAAAAAAAAAGUAAAAGGAAAUGUCUUCUGUUUAUACAACUGCGUAGUACCUAUACGUCGAGACGAUAACCUUUUGCGGCGUAGAUCCCGUCGAUAACGUAUCGAGAAGUUCCAUUUCGAUCUGAUUUUUUCGCAAAAUUAUGUAACUCCCGUGGAUUUCGAUUAUUUGUAUCAGUUGCAGAAAGAGAAACAAAUUAAUUAAGAAGCGAACAAAAUUGCACAAUAGUGCAACGUUACGACAAAUAUUAUGUAUAGGACGCUCGUCAAAACAUUACAGUAUAAUAGUUUAUACAUCGUAUGAUGCAUUCAGAUAUUUCACCAAGCGUAGCGUUGAAUGUUUUCAAGGACGAAAAUAAUUGGGCAGAUAGAACCACCUGGCAACAUUGUAAAGACGACCUAGAAAAUUCCAACACGUAAGCUCACCCGAUGUCCAAGUGCAUUGCCUUCUGCGAGUUCUAUAGAGCGUGUAUUUCCAGCGCUCUGAUGCCAUGUAACAGUGCUGCUUUUAGCCAAGUGCAGAUUUCUGAAGGAUAAGUACAAUACGGAAGACUAGCAGAGUGGAUUUUAAAAGCAUCGAAUGAGAAAAAUUCAAUAAUGUCUUCAUUAAAUUUGCGCUACACAAGAAACGUCCUCAAUCGUCUUACUCUGAAACAAAGGCUAUUUUACGAGAAGAAUGGUUUUCUAAUAUUUCCCCGCCUCAUACCACAAGAUGUGCUCGACAAAUGUAACGAAAGAUGUAACGAAAUCGCCGAAGGAAAGUCACAGCAAGCUACGAUGAUAAUAAUGUACGAUGUGAAGGACAGAAAAGCGCUAACUAAAAUACAAGAUAUGCAUAUGGAUCCGAUAUUUCGUCAAUAUACCGAACACAAGAAAAUUCUUGACAUAAUCGAGUGUUUUACGGGACCAAACAUCAUGGCGAUACAUAGUAUGCUCAUCGUGAAGCCACCCGAUAGCGGAUUUGGAAGUUCGAGACACCCACCGCAUCAAGAUCUGUACUACUUCCCGUUACGACCAGCCGAUCAUAUAGUAGGUGUAUGGACAGCCAUGGAACCUUGCAAUAUUAAAAACGGAUGUCUCUAUGUAGCGCCUGGAUCACAUACUUUAGGGAACUUGUGUCCGCAUGGUUAUCCUCCGGAGUCGGAAGGAGUGGUGAAUAAGUUUUAUCAUGGAAUAUAUCAAUUACCUUCGAUGCUUAAUAAUUGGAUAAAUCUUGAAAUGCAACCCGGCGACACAGUAUUCUUUCAUCCGUUGCUCAUUCACGGAUCUGGCAUUAAUAAAUCCAAGAGAACGAGAAAGGCGAUUUCCUGUCAUUACGCAGCAGCAGAGUGUACUAUUGUUGAUGAUGACCCGGUUCAGGAAGUCAUCAGGAACGAGAUUUUAAACGAAUUGAAGAAAAAGCAUCCCAAUAUAGAGAUAGAAUACGCGGACAUAUGGCGUUUUAAAUCCUCGCUCGUGCGCGGUCUCCGUUCAUCAUAUUAAAAACAUUUUAACUAUAUU